AUGGUGCAACGAAACUCGCCAAACGACUGCCUCCGACCGCCAUUGUCAGAUGACCUCCCCGUCCGAUGUCAGCAGUUGAGCAAAGCUCUUUCGGACUGCAAGCGAGGUCUAGUCGACAUGCGCAAACGCUUCCGCGGCAAUGCGCCCAUCUCCGUGUCGCGCGAAAUCGAAGGAGGAGGCGGGAGCAGCCAAUCCUCCACACAGGCGCCGCAGCAAUUGUAUGCAGGGAAACCGGCGUAUACGUCUGUCAAAGAGAUUAGUGGUAAUGAGGUGCAGAUGGAUCCUGAGAAGACCAGAGGCCUAUGA